AUGGCGGUCUCUGAAUGGCAGGUCCUUUGGGAGGUGCUCCAGGAGGCAGCUGGGAGCCAAGGGGACCUUUGGGGAGGGAGCCCUGUCAUCUUCCUGCCUGAGGUGGAGGGAGCAGAACCCCCUGCAGGCGGCAGAAAGGAGGAGCGGCGCCCGUCCCGUUGCCUUUGGCCGGGGUGCCUGAAGGGGGUCUUCGGAUCUGAGAGGCCCCCUCCCCCGGCUGCUUCUCUCUCUUUUGUGGGCUCCUGGAAAGGGGGAAAUGUGGGGCUGGCCCGGUUGGCCCCCUGUCCUGCCCGUGGGCCGGUGGGUCGUUGCUUGGGUCGGGGUGUGACUCUCCCCGCCUUCUCUCCCUCCACAGAGGAGGCCACCGACCCCGGGAGCCCCGAAGAGAACUGGGAAGGCAUCCAGAGGUUCAGUGAGGAGGUCAACAGAGACCCCCAGGGCCCCCUGGCUGCUCUGAGGUUGCUGGAGCAUAAGAUCCAAUCGCCACAGGAGGCAGAGGCGCUCCAUGCGCUCACCGUCCUGGAGGUGUGUGUGAAUAACUGUGGGGAAAACUUUCACCAUGAAAUGGGCAAGUUCCGUUUCUUGAAUGCGUUGAUCAAGGUCCUCUCCCCCAAGUAUCUCGGAGAGUGGUCCACCGAGAAGGUCAAGGCUCGCAUCGUUGAGCUGCUGUUCAGCUGGACGGUCUGGUUUCCUCAGGAAGUGAAAAUCCGAGAUGCUUAUCAAAUGCUGAAGAAACAAGGAAUUGUGAAGCAAGAUCCCAAACUGCUGGAAGACAGAAUUUUACCCCCACCUUCUCCAAGACCAGCUAGUUCCAUUUUUGAUGCUGAUCACGAGAAAGCCCAGCUUUUAGCGAAGCUCCUGAAAAGCAAAAAUCAUGAAGACCUGCAGGCAGCCAACAGGCUGAUCAAAGGGUUAAUCCAAGAGGAACAGGAGAGAUCGGCCAAGGCAUCUAGGCGGACAAAUGCUGUUAAGGAAGCGCACGAUACAGCGAAGGCCCUGGAGGAGAUGCUGAGCCACUACCAGGCCAGGCCAGGAGCAAGGAGCCCCAAGCCUUCCCUGGAGGCCCUGCAGGACCUGCGUGCCAGAUGUAAGAAGCUGAAGCCCCUCUUGUUCCGAGUGGCCAGUGAAACGGUGGAGAAUGAGACGGCUCUGGCGGAGAUUCUCCAGGCCAAUGACAGACUUGUUCAGGGACUCCGCCGGUACGAGCAGCUGGUGGGCACCGACGAGGAUGCUCAGCCUCCCUCUCCUCCUCCGGAUGGCGCAGGCAGCCUCCCGCUCAUCGACCUUUCCGAUCUGGAUUUGGCCUCCGGGGCUCCCACUGUGGGGCAGGAAGGCGACGCCACUUGCGCACCCUCCCAAGGCGGGCCGCUGUCCCCUGCCUCCUCCACCCACUCUCUUGACGAGGAGCUGCUCUCGGCAGCAGGUCUGCCCAACAGCCCCCCGCCCGGCGCUUCACUCCCACGCGGGGGCCCUGAAGUACCACCCCUGCUACCCACCCACCCGGCAUCCUUGGCAAACCUUUUUGUCCCACUGGACUCCAUCAAGCUGAGCAGACUUCCGCCGGUCACUGUCUUCGAAAAGGAGGGUCUGAAGGCCAUGCUCCACUUCUCCAGGGACCCCGUGCCCGGCCACCCAGACACCAAGGUGCUGGUGCUCUCCCUGCUGAGCACCGCCCCUCAUCCUGUCUCUAACAUUGUGUUUCAAACCGCAGCCCCCAAGUCCAUGGCAGUCAAGCUCCAGCCGGCCACGGGUUCAGAGCUGCCUGCCUUCAACCCCCUGCUGCCCCCAACGGUGAUCUCCCAAGUCCUGCUGCUGGCCAACCCUCGCAAGGCUCCCUUGCGGCUGAGAUACCGGCUGCUGUUCACCCGGAAAGGGCAGAGUCACAGUGAAGUUGGAGAGGUGACGGAUUUCCCCCACGAAGACCUCUGGGCUGGGAGUUGAAGAGAGACCCCCCCUGGCUUGACCCUGCUGGCCUUUGCUCCAGAGGCUGACUCAGAGAUGCUCAUGGGAUGCCUGGGGAUGCAUCUGCUCCACCUUUUCUGUAAACCAAUCUAUACAGUUGUGGUUAAAAGGCAGCUGCCCUUCUAGCCACCCGGACUUCAGAAAUGCCACCGGAUUUUCUUUUCCUUCACUCACUUUGAUGCGACUGGACUGCGGAUGCCUUUGUAACCCCUGCCUCAAACUAGAAAUGCUACUUUUAUAAUAUGAACUAUUAUUACGAAUGGG